CAUUGUUUUUGCAGUGAUUUGGUAAAGCCUUGUACCUCUAGGCAUUAGUAGCACAACAUUUAAAUUAAUUGUUUGUAUGCAGCAUGGGGAGGAACUAUCCGCGGGUAAAGCAGUGUGAUGUGCUUCAGUCCAACCUGACAACCAGUCUCCUCCGCCGGGGGAAUCUGCAGCCUCGGUGCCAGUGAGUCCGCUGUCCGGUGUGCCCCCCCCUGUUGCUUUAAGCAGUGCGUCCUGCCGUCCGACAGGAGGCGUGUCUCCCCUACGGCCGGAGCUCAGCGCCAGAUGCAGGAGCGGGGGAAGUGCCGCGGCUCCUCAAUAGAAACAAACCAACUUCUUUGUGCUGCUCCGGCGACUCUCCGUGCUCCAGCUCUACCUAGGUAGAUGGAUUUCUUCAAGCUCUGCCCUGCCUAACAUGGAUGCCCAGCCACCUCCGCCGCCACCUCCUCCUCCAUCACCAUCAGCUGAGUCGGAGGGCUGCUUCUCCUUGGCGCAGUGAGCUGGACACGCAGUGCUGUUUUUCUGCUGAAUGGAUGUUGGGGAGAGCGUUACUCUGCCCGCCGGUGGUGCCCAGCCGCCCUGCUUCACGUUAGAGAGAAAACACUUCUGGGGAAUAUACGGAUUCUGGGAAUAAAGCUCCCGCGCGACUCAGCAGCACCAUGAAGAUCACCUCCCUGCUCAUCCUCACUGCGAGAGUCCGGAGCUCCGUCAGGCUCCUGCUGCUGCUGCUGCACUCUGUGGGAUUUUCUCAUGGGAUGCCACACGUCUUGAGAUUUGGGGGGAUAUUCGAGUCCAUUGAAAGCGGCCCAUCAGGUGCUGAGGAACUAGCCUUUAAAUUUGCUUUAAACACAAUCAACAGGAACAGAACCCUACUGCCAAACACCACGCUCACCUACGACAUCCAAAGGAUAAACAUCUAUGACAGCUUCGAAGCCUCCAGGAAAGCCUGUGACCAGCUCUCUCUGGGGGUGGCGGCCAUCUUCGGGCCCGCUCACAGUUCCUCGGCCAACGCGGUCCAGUCCAUUUGCAACGCCCUGGGGGUGCCACACAUCCAGACCAAGUGGAAGCACCAAGUAUCGGACAACAGAGACGUGUUCUACGUCAGCCUCUAUCCAGACUUCUCCUCCCUCAGCCGGGCCAUCCUGGACCUGGUCCACUUCUUCAAGUGGAAGACGGUCACUGUGGUGUAUGAUGACAGCACUGGUCUGAUUCGGUUGCAAGAACUCAUAAAGGCUCCGUCCCGGUACAACAUCCGGCUAAAGAUCCGCCAGUUGCCUGCAGACACUAAGGAUGCUAAGCCGCUGCUGAAAGAGAUGAAGAGAGGGAAGGAGUUCCACAUUAUCUUCGACUGUGGCCACGAAAUGGCUGCUGGGAUCCUGAAGCAGGCUCUCUCCAUGGGGAUGAUGACAGAGUAUUAUCACUAUAUCUUCACCACACUGGAUCUGUUUGCACUUGACGUGGAGCCUUAUCGAUACAGUGGUGUGAACAUGACUGGCUUCAGGAUCCUCAACACUGAGAACAGCCAAGUGGCCUCUAUCAUUGAGAAAUGGUCCAUGGAGCGACUGCAAGCACCCCCCAAACCUGACUCUGGUCUACUGGACGGCUUCAUGACCACGGACGCCGCGCUGAUGUACGAUGCCGUGCACGUGGUGGCCGUGGCUGUGCAGCAGUCUCAGCAGAUCACUGUCAGCUCAUUACAGUGCAACCGACACAAACCCUGGCGCUUCGGGAACCGCUUCAUGGCACUCAUCAAAGAGGCCCACUGGGAUGGCCUAACCGGAAGAAUAACCUUCAACCGGACCAAUGGCUUGAGGACCGACUUCGACCUCGAUGUGAUCAGUCUGAAGGAAGAAGGGCUUGAGAAGAUUGGUACCUGGGAUCCUCCAAGCGGACUGAACAUGACGGAUAAUCAAAGGGGGAAGACAACCAACGUCUCUGAUUCCUUAUCCAAUCGCUCCCUGGUCGUCUCCACCAUACUGGAAGAGCCAUAUGUGAUGUUCAAGAAGUCUGACAAGCCGUUGUACGGGAACGACCGCUUCGAGGGAUUCUGCAUAGACCUGCUGAGAGAGCUCGCCAACAUCCUGGGCUUCACGUACGAGAUCCGCCUGGUGGAGGAUGGGAGGUACGGCGCCCAGGACGAGAACACGGGACAGUGGAAUGGCAUGAUCAAGGAGCUUAUGGACCACAGAGCUGAUCUGGCAGUGGCUCCCCUUGCCAUCACAUAUGUGCGAGAGAAGGUUAUCGACUUCUCCAAACCAUUCAUGACGCUGGGUAUAAGUAUACUGUACCGCAAGCCAAACGGGACCAACCCUGGGGUCUUCUCCUUCCUCAACCCCCUCUCGCCCGAUAUCUGGAUGUAUAUUCUGCUGGCUUACUUGGGUGUCAGUUGUGUGCUGUUUGUCAUAGCCAGGUUUAGUCCCUACGAGUGGUAUAACCCCCAUCCUUGCAACCCCGACUCGGAUGUAGUGGAAAACAAUUUCACCCUGCUAAAUAGUUUCUGGUUUGGAGUUGGAGCUCUCAUGCAGCAAGGAUCUGAGCUCAUGCCCAAAGCCCUCUCCACCAGAAUUGUAGGAGGAAUCUGGUGGUUUUUCACGCUCAUCAUCAUCUCUUCAUACACGGCAAACCUGGCGGCCUUCCUCACCGUGGAGAGGAUGGAGUCACCCAUCGAUUCUGCUGACGACCUGGCCAAGCAGACCAAGAUAGAAUACGGGGUGGUGGAGGACGGCUCCACCAUGACCUUCUUCAAGAAAACCAAGAUCUCCACGUAUGAUAAGAUGUGGGAGUUCAUGAGCAGUCGGAGGCACUCUGUGAUGGUGAAGGACAUUGAGGAGGGCAUUCACCGUGUGCUCACCUCAGACUACGCGUUCCUCAUGGAGUCCACCACCAUAGAGUUUGCCACCCAGCGCAACUGCAACCUCACGCAGAUCGGAGGCCUCAUCGACUCCAAAGCGUACGGAGUGGGCACCCCAAUGGGCUCUCCAUACCGAGAUAAGAUCACUAUUGCCAUCCUGCAGCUUCAGGAGGAAGGGAAGCUGCACAUGAUGAAGGAGAAGUGGUGGAGAGGAAAUGGCUGUCCGGAGGAGGAGAGCAAGGAGGCCAGCGCCCUGGGGGUGCAGAACAUCGGCGGCAUCUUCAUCGUGCUGGCUGCCGGACUCGUCCUCUCCGUGUUCGUGGCCGUGGGGGAGUUCCUUUACAAGUCCAAACAGAACGCACAACUAGAAAAGAGGUCCUUCUGCAGUGCGAUGGUGGACGAGCUGCGGGUUUCCCUCAAGUGCCAGCGCCGGCUCAAACACAAGCCCCAGCCCCCUGCCAUGGUGAAAACAGAGGAGGUCAUCAACAUGCACACCUUCAACGACCGCAGACUCCCAGGGAAAGAGACCAUGGCCUAAAAUGGGAUCCUCAAUCACUUUAUCACCCUCUCUCCUGCAGCGAGGAGGUGUGCAGAGACACUGGGGUAAAGGGUGGGGGUAAAUGGUAAGGGGGGGUUUUAAUGGUCGACAGUUUGGUUAUAUAGGCGGUGCUUGCGAGUAUAUUGAUGACAUGUUUCUUUAUAAAUAGCUACGGAUAAGAGAUAUAACAUAUUUCCUGUGGAAAUAACUUGAACCUGGGUGAAAUUUCAGCGAGUUACCUCAGUACUCUUACAGGUGCCAGGAUUUUUGAAACCCAGGAGUCAGAGAGAGAAGGUAUGGAUAUAAAUUUAAGUUGGGACAAAGUAGGCCCCCUAAAAAAGUUAACGAAUCUGACCUAUCUUAUUUAGCUGCUGCUCAGUCAGUCUUUCACUACAGAGGCUGGUGGAGCAGCAUUUAGAGCAUCUCAGAGAUUAUGAGCUUAUAAAAGAUGCUUACUGGGGGAUUAAGGAGAAAAGUUUGUACAGGAUUGUUUAUUUUCAAAAGUUCAGCUCUCGUGAAUUAAACCCGAAGCCCUGAAAAUGAAGGCGUCUCUGCAGCGACAUGUACAGAGAGGCACUGCUCAGUCACACAUGAUAUUGAUCGAGCUCAAAAACGGAUAUACUGUAUAUCAUCUAUCAGGCAAUAAGUGAUAUCAUUUAUUUGUGUUUCAGAGUACUAACCCUUUGAGUCUUUAAUGUAGGGAAGGGGAGGGGGGGGGGGGUUGU